GGACUAAGUUGUUCCCAUUGGAAACGACAGGCUGUGGUCUAUCUUGGUUUAGUUAUAAAUCGUUGCUACCACUUGAAGCAUGGUUGUGACUAGAGGGAGUACAGCUACGACCGAAAGUGACAGGUUAGGAGAGUGUUUUACCUAACUCGAACCCUUUUCCUAACCUUAACCUAAUUCGCCUAACCUGCACGUGAAUUACCCAAACCUUCUGUGAACAUUCUCUUAACCUACUACGAAAAAGUAACACCCGGUCAUAGCUGUAUUCCCUCUAGUCAGAACCAUAAAGCAGGCAAGAAUUACUAAGUACUUCCGGGUCACGGAUUUGUAGAGUCCUUCAGAAUAAGAGUCCCGUCCUGUAUACCACAGAUAUAACAUUGUGUAUAUUUUGUAAAUUAGAGAAAACAUUAUGGGAAAUGUGUGCUGAAAUAACAAUCACUGCCCACAUGUCCUCAUAGGCUAAUUCUGAACAAGGAGUCUUAACAAGGCUUUAAAACGUACUUUCUGGAGGAGUCUUAGAACAUUAUGGCCCGUCUAGAGCAGGCAGAAUCUCAUCUGGCUGAGAUGGAGCUACUCUUCAGUAUGUAUCCUGGUGAAGACGAGCUGGAGAUUACUGACCAACUAGCUGUGGCUGAGCUCAGGGAUUAUGUGGCGGGAGCGACAGAUACCUAUCCUCCCUCCAGACCACACAUCGUCAUCAAACAGAAGAUGGACACUGACACUGUGAAUGGGGUGAACGUGACCAUAUCGUGCACCUACUCAUCAGACUACCCUAAUGUCUUACCUGAAAUAGCUGUAAGGUGUCCUGACCUUAGCCGAUCCCAGCAGGCUCAGCUUCACUCAGACAUGAACGCCUACCUGUCAGAGAGCUGCCAAGGAGAUGUAUGCAUCCUCUCUGCCGUCGAGUGGAUCAAAGACAACCUGCACCUGUACCUGACUGACAAGAGCACAUCAUCAUCAACAGCAGCCCCAGGCAAGAGAGAGUCUCGGUCUACCUUCUCUUUUCCGCAGCCCAAAGAGCAGUUCAGUCGCCUAUGGAUCUACAGCCACCACAUCUAUAACAAGAGGAAGAGGAAGAACAUUCUGGAGUGGUCCAAGGAGUUGGGUCUGUCAGGGUUCAGUAUGCCUGGCAAGCCUGGGAUCGUCUGUGUGGAAGGCCCUCAUUCGGCCUGCGAAGACUUCUGGGCCAGGGUGAAGGUUCUAACCUGGAAGAAGAUCAUGAUUCGCCACAGGGAGGAUGUUCCUCUGGACAGUCAGAGUGCUGAGGGCAGCAUGGCGGACAACGUGGAUUCCCUCCGUAGGUUCACAGGGUUCGAGGAGGCCAUGUUUGAUCCACACGGGAACAGAGGAAACCAUAUGGACCUGGGCCAGCUCUACACGUACCUCAACGAGAGAGGAUGUGGAGACGUCUUUCAGCUUUACUUUGGAAUUGAAGGAAGGUAGUAUAGCUGAUAGGAGAGAGUUUUAGAACUAAAUUAGCCUGGUCCCAGAACUGUUGGUUGUUCUCAAAUGAACGCUGUACCCAAAUGAACCAAUGGCAGGAAUCAAAGCAAUUGCGCAUUAGAUGAGGUAUUCUCAGUAUGGAUGAGCCUAGGAUGCUGUUAUUUGUUACUUUAUUCAUUUCUACUAAACAGUACGUUCUAAGUAGUAUGAUUAGUACACAUUAUGUUGUUUCAGUAAGUAGUAGACAAGAUAGAAUUUGGACAUGGCCAUUGUCUAUGGGGGUUAUUUUUGAAUGUUAAAGAAAUCUGCUUUACACCCGAAUACCAAAAUAUUCAACAGAUUGAGCUCAAUAUGCCAACUACAGACCAUUUGUAUUAUUGAAUACAGACACACGAUCCACAAAGUCCUUACGUACGGAACACAGUUGCUUCUCUGCAGAAUCCCUCUGACUGUUCUCAGCCUGACGCUUUACGAACCAACGUAGCAACUGGGAGUCAGGGACAACAGACGUUAUCACCUGUGUAUACAGUUAUGGACAGUGUUUGAGAGAGGGGUGCAGCUGGUCCCGUCUGCAACCCUUUUAACACCAUAGCUAAUCCACACAGAUGAGCUCACAGUAAGGUGGUUUGUGUGGGUUUACUUGAACCCCUUCUCAAAUACAGGCCUUGAAGUCUGAAAACCCUUCCCCUCUAAACACAGUUAGAUUCAGAACUGUGACACCAGUUAGAGGGGAAUCCCUAACUACCAGGGAGAAAAGAAAACCACCAGUGCUGUGGAUAGCGUUGCUCAGACUUGGGUUUCCACACCUCUUCUCCAUCAGCCCCUCCGCUCCAGAUCCCUUGUAUCUGCGUCCAGGAUGGAAUGGUAGUUUGGACCAUACUGGCAGUCAAAUGGAACACGCUGAAACACAAAGUGAGAGUGGUUUGCAGAUUCUUCACACGUGUGAGCAAACUUUAUUUUGUACGUUUUAAUACAUCAAUGCAUUCUACAAGCAAAAUACAAAACAUAAAACAAAAUAAUGUCAAAUAUAUCAAACUAUAAAUAAAUAAGAAUAGGUUAGAAACCCCAGUGGUGCUCGGAUAGAGAAUACUGUACUAUGAGUGGUUCGGCAGUCCGGGAGACGAGUAACCUUGCCUGAGAACUGAAAACGUACGUUAGCUUCCUGAGCCAAUGUCUUGGCUUUAGCACAGCAGGCUAUCAUGGUCUUGUGGUUCAAACCCAGUCGGUCAAUUAAAAAGGACCUAGCUGGAGCAACUGUGUCAUUCUUGGAAAAACAAGGGUGGUAAUAAUGGUGAAUAAAGUGUAUUAACACCCUUACUGGGGUGCAUGGAACAUGUCUAUGCACCUCACAGCUCGAGUGACACCUCCAACAAAGUGUACACUCACUAACUAAGUCGCUCUAAAUGACUAAACUGUAAAUGUAAAAUGUACAUCAAGUGGAACUGACAGUGUUUU